AUGUCUGCAGCAUCAGGUUCGCAGAGAUCAGGAUCUGGCGGAUCGAUAGAUUCACAGGCUGGACAGGCCGACGCAGCACUCGAGGCCCAUUACGAGAGCACACAAACCGCUGCUGACGUGGCGGCAAUGAAAAAUGUGGACGUUAGCUGGUAUUGCACAAUCUCCAUCAACGGGCAGGCAAUGCAUUGCUUGUGUCCAUAUCACUGCACACUUAUCCAGAGGGUGAUUGAUAAACAAGAUCAGGGCAAUAACGCUCUGCCGCCUAAUGAAAGAUUCCACGAAGUGGAGGGACACACAUGGAUACCUCUCAGUCCCGCUCAAGAAGCCGAACGUUUCCCCACAGCUAUGAAAGUAAACACAGUGGUGGGAAGUCAAGGGUACCAGCCACUUCAAUGGACAGAUUGUGAUCAUCACUUUCCUGUCUCAAUCAAUCUUUUGAGAGCCACUCGAAGGGGUAGUGCCCGUUUGCAGAUCAAUGCGUUCAUGGGCGAUACCAAUACAAAUAAUACAGAGGCGACAGCCAAUCUUUGGAGGAACAAUCCGACACUAGAAUACGGCAGUCAAUUCAAUCCGAAUUUGUGAAACAGGGGGCCAACAACCACCCUCGAGCCAAUUUGAACUACCAAAGCAUGGGCAAUUGCAAGAUAGGACUCUCAUGUCCUCUGAUUCCUUCCUCUUAUAAAACUU